AGUAAGAAUUUCUAUACAAAACAGAAUAGACGAUAUGAAUUUUUUUUUAACAUCGCGCAGUGAUAAUAAAAUUAAGUGGAAAUACAAGUGAAAAUAAAAAAAGAAAAAAACAAUCAAAAGAAAAUUCCUGUACAGGGAAAUUUUCAUAGAAUGCAAAGAAAAUCUUAAAAAAGAGAGUGAAAAUUGUUAAAAAAGCUACUGAAGGAUAUUUUGCUAUCAAAAGCUGGGAAACAUUCAAGCUGAAAGGACGCCUUGUAUUCUGGCUGCGAAUAAAAUAGCUAUAACCAUUUUUUUUGGCGUUUAGAUUAAAGCAGACAAAAGUUGUACAAAGUUUUUUUGCUAUUUGAUUUGUGAUUUGAUGAUGAUAUUUUUUUAUUGUUGUCUGUGGUGUAUAAAUUAAGUGUUAAAUAAAAGUAAAUCUAAGAAAGAAAAAUAAUUCAAAUUUAUGCAAAAAGUUAAACAAAAUCUUGAAAAAAUGUUAAUUAAAAUCGAAAUUUAAAAAAGAAGUGUUAUGAAUAAAAUGUUUACUACAAUAGAAAUUAAUUAAUUAAUUGUAGUACUAAAGUGUAUUGUAAUUUUUUAGCUACUGCUACUAUUAAGUGUUUUUGUUGUUGGUUAACUUAAUUCCAAAUAAUUAAUGAGCCACCACUACCAUACAGCCAACUAUAUUUAUUUAAUAAAUAAAAAAGAAAAUUCUAAAAAUAUAUUUGUUCCAAAAAAGCAAACAAAAAACAAACUGCAAAACAAAUUGAUAAAAAGAAACAUUUGUUACUAUUUUUAUUAAUUUUUCCCCGUGACCCUGUUAGAAUAUUUCUCUUGUCCCUCCGCCUUUCUCAAAAACUAACUGUCUGGUUUUUUUAUAAAAAUGGCCAACAAUAGUUCCGGAUCUAGUGUGGGCUCGGCAGCAGCUGCUACAGGCGUGGCCACUAUGCCCGGAGUAAGUGGUGCUGUGGCUGCCGCCUUAAACAAUUCCUCGAAUAGUGAUUUAUGGCGUGAGUGUGUUGAUUGGCUUACUCGCUGCCAGAUCAUACAACCAGAUCAUAUGGCCAAUGCUCCCACCUCGGAAAUAAGGGUCUUAGCUUUGACUCUACGUGAUGGUGUGUUGUUGUGCAAUUUGGUUAUGCAUUUGGAUCCCACCUGCAUGGAUGCCAGUCAAAUGAAUAGGCGACCACAAAUGGCUCAGUUUUUAUGCUGUCAAAAUAUCAAAUUGUUUCUAGAUGUGUGUCGAAAUCAUUUUAAAUUAAGAGAAUCUGAUCUAUUUGAGCCAAAUAUGCUGUAUGAUUUAACAAAUUUCCAUCGUGUUUUAAUUACUCUCUCCAAAUUGUCACAAUGUGCUAAAGUACAAAAAUUACAUCCCAACUUAGAAGGUUUUAAUUUACCCUUAUCACCAAGUGAAAGAUCUCAUUCCGAUGAAGCCAUAUACAAAGAUUUACAUUCAACUACCACCGAUAAUGUUGCAUGUAAUGGUCAUGUUGAUGAACAUAUUAAUACAAAAGAGGAAGAAGUUUAUCAAGAUUUAUGUGCUUUACAAAGAACGAGUAGAACUCAGAUUACUUCAGCCACCAGUUUUGAACAACGUGAUUAUGUUAUACGUGAACUAAUCGAUACGGAAUCGAAUUAUUUAGAUGUUUUAAAUGCUUUAAAAACUAAAUUUAUGGCACCACUGGAACGUUUAUUAAAGCCAGAGGAAAUUAAACAAAUAUUUCCAAGGAUUAAGGAACUAGCCGAUAUUCAUACAAAAUUUCUAGACAAAUUACGAGAAUCUCUACAGCCCAAUGCUAAAAUGAAAAUGAGUCAAGUAUUUUUAGAAUUUCGUGAACCCUUCCUUAUCUAUGGUGAAUAUUGUUCAUGUCUAUUGGGUGCCAUCGAUUUUUUGGGUGAUGUUUGUAAAAAGAAUCAAAUUGUCGAGGAAUUAGUACAGAAAUGUGAACGUGAAUAUAAUGUGGGUAAACUGCAAUUAAGAGAUAUUUUAUCGGUGCCCAUGCAGCGUAUAUUAAAAUAUCAUUUAUUAUUGGAUAAACUAGUCAAAGAGACCUCACCGAUGCAUGAAGAUUAUCGCUCUUUGGAAAGAGCUAAGGAAGCCAUGAUAGAUGUUUCUCAGUAUAUUAAUGAGGUUAAACGUGAUUCGGAUCAUUUGGUGAUUAUACAAAAAGUCAAGGACAGCAUUAUCGAUUUGAAUCUCCUGCAAAACGGCAAUGAUCUCUUACAAUAUGGCCGCCUACUACUGGACGGUGAAUUACACAUUAAGGCACAUGAAGAUCAAAAAACUAAAUUACGUUAUGCCUUCGUUUUCGAUAAAAUUCUCAUCUUAGUCAAACCUCUGCAUGUCAAGACGGGCGAUAUGCAAUAUACAUAUCGUGAUUCUCAUAAUCUAAGCGAAUAUUGGGUAGAACAAAGUCAUUCAAGACGUACUAUAGGACGUGAUACACGUUUCAAAUAUCAACUUUUGUUAGCAAGAAAAUCUGGUAAAACUGCUUUUACUUUGUAUCUAAAAUCAGAACCAGAACGUGAUAAAUGGCGUAAGGCAUUAACAGAAGCUAUGGAGAAUCUUGAUCCACCCGGUUGUCGUAACACGGACCAUAAAAUGGAAAUAUUUACAUUUGAUGCACCCACAACAUGUCGCCAUUGUUCGAAAUUCUUAAAGGGUCGUAUACAUCAAGGCUAUCGCUGUAAGGUUUGUGAGAUUGCGGUGCACAAGGGUUGCAUUUCUUCUACUGGUCGUUGUAAGCAAAAUAUUAUUGCCAUGCCGCCGCCAGUUUGUGAUAGACAAUUAGCCGAGUUUAAUUGGUUUGUGGGCAAUAUGGAUCGCGAAACUGCUCAGUUGCGUUUAGAACAUAGACGUGUUGGCACUUAUCUAUUAAGAGUACGACCACAAGGUGCAUCUAAUCCCAAAGAAACUAUGUAUGCUUUAAGUUUAAAAACUGAUGAUAAUGUUAUAAAACAUAUGAAAAUAAAUCAGGACACUAUAGCGGAUAAUAUUGUAUAUUGUCUGUCGUCGAGAAGACAUUUUAAAAGUAUUGUCGAAUUGGUAUCCUAUUAUGAACGCAAUGAUUUAGGGGAGAAUUUUGCGGGUCUAAAUCAAUCCCUACAAUGGCCUUAUCGUGAGGUCUUUGCCACCGCCAUUUAUGAUUUCGAACCCAAAGGCAAUAAUCAACUGCAACUCAAAACCGGCUGUCAAGUAUUGGUCAUAGGUAAAGAUGGUGAUAGUAAAGGCUGGUGGCGUGGUAAAAUUGGAGAAGUGGUCGGUUACUUUCCUAAAGAAUACGUUCAAGAACAUCCACCUACCAAUGAUGAACUUUGAUAUUAUAAUUAUGAAAUAGAUUUUUCACGCAGUAAACUAGAACGUUCCCGUCUACUAUUACAAAAUUCCAUGUCUUUAAGUAGCAUGGAAGAGGAACAACAACAACAGCAACAAGAAAUUUUAGUAACCGAGGGUCAGUAAUUUAAUUACAAGAAAAAAAUUCUUUGAUUGUUUUUUUUUUAAGAAAUUAAAUUUUAUAGUUUUUGCUAUAAAAUUUGUUAAAAUUUUUUGUUUAUAUAUUGUUUUUUGUUUUAAGAAAAAAAGUGCCAAUAUUUUUUGUUAAUUUUACUUUUUUUCCAAUUAGUUUUUUUUUUAAAUUUUUCAGUUCUUUUGGUUUUUUAAAAACACUUGCUGAAUAUUUUAUACAUACUCUCAAAAAAAGGGCAUUAUUAAGUAAAAAAAAAAGAAAAAUAUUAAACAAAAAUUAAAUUUAAUACAGAAACAUAUGUGCAGCUUUAAUAUAUUGUAGAGGAUUUCAAGGAUUUUAUUUUUAUAUAUAUAUAUUUAUAAUAAAAUCCUUGUUAUUAUAUAUAAAUAAAUAUACUAUAUACAUAU